CCUCUUCUCGGUCCCCCGGUCCGCAGUCCCCUUCGCGGCUCCGCCAGCCCCUGGGGGGUCCGCAGAGGCCCCCCGUCCCGCCGCCGCCUGCCCCCGCGGGGGUAGCCCGGGCCCGUUCCGGAAUCGCCCGGACUCGAGAGGCUGCUGCACCGGGCCUCAGCCACCCUCCGGAUGCUGGUGCUGCCGCCCCCCUGCCCUCAGCCCCCGGCGCUGCCCUCGGCAGAGGCCAUGGAGGACCCGCCCCCGGGCGCAGGCCGGUCCCCAGAACCCGGACCUUCCUCCUCCACAGGCUCCCCCCAGCCCUCCGCCGCCCCGAGGCCCAGCCGCUACCUGCUCAUUGACACCCAGGGCGUCCCGUACACCGCGCUGGUGGAGGAGGCGGCGGCGCCGAGGCAGCCCGGGCCCGCCGGGCCUUCCGCUCAGAAAAGGGGCUACAGCUGCCCCGUGUGCUCCCGCGUGUUCGAGUACAUGUCCUACCUGCAGCGACACAGCAUCACGCACUCGCAGGUGAAGCCCUUCGAGUGCGACACGUGCGGGAAGGCGUUCAAGAGGGCCAGCCACCUGGCGCGGCACCACUCCAUCCACCGGGCCGGCGGGGGGCGGCCCCACGGCUGCCCGCUCUGCCCGCGCCGCUUCCGGGAGGCGGGCGAGCUGGCCCAGCACAGCCGGGUUCACUCUGGGGAGCGCCCGUUCCCGUGCCCGCACUGCCCGCGCCGCUUUAUGGACCAGAACACGCUGCAGAAGCACGCCCGGUGGAAGCACCCGUGAGCCGGGCCGCAGGGCACCCCUGGAACCUUGGCGUCUGGGGGAGCCCGGACUCCUGUCGUCCGCAGACACCCAGAGGGCACUCGAGGCUGGGCCGUGGGGCCCUGGACGCAAACACAGACCCACCUGCUGCGGAGGCCAGGCCCCGCGGAGGGAGGAGCUCCGGGGUCGCCACGGGUCCCCAUGUCUUAUGAGACCUCAGCGACAUGGGCCGUUCCAGGCUGGGCCCUGGCAGGGGCCGUGGGGAGGCCACUCGGCGUGGACAUUCUCCGGCCUGAAGAUGUGGCUGGGGGCCACCAGGAACCCACUCCGUCUUGCUGAGGCCUCCAUGCGGAUGUUGGGGGCGGGGCUCCAGACCCGCUCUCUCCCCAUCCCCCCCAAACAGGGCCUGAGAGUAGACACCCAAUAAACCCGUUUUCUACUUUGA